GACUGAGGUAGUAAUAAUCUUCGUAGGGGUUUGCUGGGGUUCUGGAGUGAUGCUAUUGUGCAGAGCUGGACGGAGGUUGGAUCAGAAGCUCCGGCGCUUCUCUACCACCGUGCGCAACCGUGCUGAAGAUGAAGGAGACUGGCUCUACUCUUCCGAGUGGUGGGACAGCUCCGGCGCAGAUGGCAAAACUGUUUUCCGUUCACUUUCCGACAAGGGAAACGGCGAAGUUUCUGUCAUAGCUUAUCCCUCUUCUAAACCUGACAAAGUUUACUGGGGAAGAACAGAGAAGUGGCUACAAGAAAGAUAUCAUGAGAUACAUUCAGGCGAUAGUAAGCACCAAGGAAAUUUCAAGAUUCUUGGUUAUCAGUGGCGAGCUCUCCGCUUUAAUGAAGAUACUCGCCAGAGCACUGUUAAAGUAAUGGCUUUUUACAGAGAGUCAGAUCCUGAUUCCAUACUCUUGAUGCAGCAGCCACAUUGUCUGGCUAUUCCAUGAGUGUGUGAUCCAAUGGAAAUGAGAGGUUGUUUCCAGCUUUCGUAUUCUUAAAUGGAAGUUGAGGAUUUGAAGGUCACUAUGUUAAAUUGAGUUGUGUAUGUGUAUCCACUGUUUUGUGUGAUACGGGCAGUGAAGAUGUAAAGAGUAUGAUUUGUGCUGGGCUGGCUACAAUCUCAUGCUGUAACUUUGAUCUUCAUAAAGCUAUAUGUGGGACAAAGACGAUGAAUGUCUUAUGCAUUGGUCAUGGUGGAGGAAGUAUACCACUGUUUUUAGCAAGCAAAAUUAAAGGGGCGAUGGUUCAUGAUGUCGAAAUUGACCCUACUGUCAUCUCAGCUUCAGUACAAGCUAUGGGAUUCCCAUCACCUUCACUUGCAACAUCUCCAUAUACUAACCCUACACAAUCAACACAUGACUCAAUCCAAAAAAUGCUAUGGAAAGGAACACAUGAGAGGAUCUGUUUAUAUGAAUCUGACGCUGAAAAGUUCAUCAUUGACCCCACCCAUCAUCUCGCAUAUGACAUCGUUUUCAUCGACGCUUACGACGGAGAUGAUAUCUUUCCAUACAAGCUGUGGGACCUGCACUUGCCGUUCCUCAAAACUUUGAGUAACUGUCUUCACCCUGAGCAUGGGACAGUGAUUGUGAACCUUCACUCAGACGUGGACUAUGACGGCGGAUCAUCCAAUGGUCACUCCUUGCCCAUGGGAGGUUAUGUGAAACAAGUGUGCAGGGCCUACAAGGAAGCAUUACUAGGGAAUGGGAAAUCUUGUGAUGGCUUGGCAUAUGUGGUUUCAGUCCCUUGGGUGUGUAAUACAUCUCUUGUUGUGGCUAGGGGUUUCAGAGGAGGUAGUGGUAGUUUUAACAAGGAGAGUAUUUUGAGUACACUGAUGAGCAGAUCUAUUGAAGUUGAGACUGCUCUUGAUUUACCCUUUUCAUGUUUAGGAUAUAUUAAAAGAAGUUUGACUCUUGUGGACUAAUUAAUUACGCUUGCUGUUUCUUCAAGUUGUCCGUUGUCGGGUCUUGUGUUUUAUGACAACGUAAUCGAUAUGAAUGAUAAUCGAAGAUU